AUGGGAGACAAUAGAUUCUCUAGCUGCUGUUAUUUGGCCAUCAAGUUUCUUUUUGAGGUUACCCUAUCAUUUUCUACUCACUUCCUGGCCUUAAUGACACCUUCCUCUUCACAACCGAAAAAGGUCUGCCCAAAAUCCUCAAAUUUUGUUACGGGUUCUUUGGGGAGUGAUAUUUGGGUAAUGGGAAGAUCUCCAUGUUGUGAGAAACUACGGUCGAAGAAGGGAAGAUGGACAGCAGAAGAAGAUCAAAUAUUAACCAACUACAUUCAACUCAAUGGGGAAGGAUCCUGGAGAUCUUUACCCAUGCAUGCAGGUUUGUUGAGGUGUGGGAAGAGUUGCAGGCUGAGAUGGGUAAACUAUUUGAUGGCAGACUUGAAGAGAGGGAACUUUAAUGCUGAAGAGGAAGAAACCAUUGUUAAGUUGCAUAGCACUUUGGGAAAUAGUGUUAAUUCACUCCUUGAGAAUAAACUCGUUUUCUAUUUAGAAAACAAACUUAAAAGAAGCUCUGCAAAUUUUGAUGGGUCUUCUCAAGAACUGCAUAGCGAUCCAACCGACAGCCAUCAGCUGACUCAACAAUCUCAUCAUAAAUUCUUUGAAGCUCUCUUGAACUGCCUACCUGCAACAAUAUUGUCAGCCUCUAUAUUCAAAGCAGUGCGUUGCUUUCGACUAAUGAAAGGUCGGUUCACACUAACAACAUUUAAAAUAACAUCAACUAUAAUACCCUUUUUUAAUUUGUUUGGCGAUUAUUAUCCUCUGGAACAAAAUAAACAACAAAUGCAAAGGCUUAAGAGAAACCCAUACCUAGCAGGCAUCACCAGUAACUGUUCACCAGCUGUAAUUCUUGGCUAA